GAUCAGUUGGAAGGAGUAGCUGGAUGAAGACACUGUGGCUGAGGGUCUCCACAAGCUGGGGCGCUCGGCCUCUGGUACUGAAUACGUUUAUCUGAAUUUGUCCCUUUCAGGUCGUGAGUUAAGUGACAUUAACAUUCUCUCCAGAUACGUUCACCUACAGAAGUUGGAACUUUCAUAUAAUAAAAUUAAUGAUCUUUCUUGUGUCAGUCAGAUGCCUUACUUACUACAACUGAAUGCUUCCAACAAUGACUUGACCACAUAUUUUGAUUUUAAGCCACCAAAAAAUCUCAAGGAGGUAGAUUUUUCAUACAAUCAAAUACCUAAAAUGCAGGAUUUGUCAGCAUACCACGCACUUACCAAACUCUUGCUGGACUUUAACAACAUAGCGGAGAUAAAAGGACUGGAGAAGUGUCAUAGCCUGACUCAUCUUAGUUUGUCACAUAACAGACUCACUGCAAUCGGUGGCCUGGAGAAUUUACCUCUCAAAAUAGCUCUAACCUGCUUGAGAAGAUAACUGGGUUGGACAGCUUGAAAACACUACGGAAUCUGGACCUUUCUAACAAUAAAAUAACCAGUCUAGAAGGCUUGGAAGAACAUGAUCUGCUAGAGGUGAUCGAUCUAGAGAAUAACCAGAUUGCUGAACUGGGUGAACUUGAAUAUAUUCAAGAUCUGCCUCUCCUCCGAGUUUUAAAUCUUUUACAAAAUCCUGUACAGGAGCAAACAGAUUACUGGCUCUCGGUGAUAUUCAUGUUGCCACAAUUAACAGAACUGGAUCUCAAGAAGAUUUCAGUGGAAGAGAAGGUUGAUGCUGUGAAUAAAUACGAUCCUCCUCCAGAAGUUGUCGCUGCUAACGACCAUAUGACUCAGAUUAUGUAUGGCAUGCUGCAGCCCCAGCGGAUCUUUGACAGCACUCUACCUAGUCUUGAUGCUCCCUACCCCAUGCUGGUAUUAGUAGGACCUCUAGCCUGUGGUAAAAGAGAGCUUACUCAUAGGAUCUGCAGACAGUUCAAUAAUUUCUUCAGAUUUGGUCCCUGUCAUACCACCAGGGCAGCUUACUUUGGUGAAGAAAACAGACUUGAUUACUAUUUCGUUUCUCAAGAAGCAUUUGACAAAAUGUUGAGCACAGGGAAGUUUAUAGCAACCUUUAAAUACAGUGGCUAUUCCUACGGCCUUGGAAGAGACACUGUGGAAUCAAUUGCCAGAGAGGGCCUUGCAACGUGUGUUCACUUAGAAAUAGAGGGUGUGCGCAGCUUGAAAAAUACCUACUUUAAACCCAGAUAUAUCCUGGUGGUACCAAUGAACAAACAAAAAUACGAGGGACAUCUGCGGAGGACAGGAUUAUUCAGCAGGCUGGAGAUUGUAGAGGCAGUAUCCAGAGUGGACAUGUACAUCAAAAUAAGUCAGGAUUUUCCAGGAUACUUUGAUGCAGUUGUGAACACAGAUGAAUUGGAUGAGGCGUUCACAGAACUGAGGUUCCUGAUAAAGGCCUACCUGGGUUUGGAGCCACCUGCAGUUUCUGAUAGCAGUCAAGACUUGAACAGCAAAGCAGGAACAGGUUCAAGAAUGCGUCUCUUACAGGAGCAAUCAUUGUCACCCAGCAGACUAAUUGCUGGCACUGCUCAGUCUUCCUCUGUCAAUGAGUUCUUGGACUCUUCUGCCAAAAACUGUUCAGGAGGCACCUUGGACAAGUUUGCUGCACAACUGACCUCUGUGGAAGAAGCUUCUCUCCAAAGGCGCCAUGCUGCAGCACGUCAGGCUCUGUCAGGGAAGGCACCUAGUGCAUAUGUCCAGCUGUUUCAAAGGGACCUAGCAGUCACUCCUGCACCAGGCAGCUCCCGUCAACAACUACUGGAGCCAGCAACACAUCCUUCUCUGGUCUCCGAUGGAAGGAGUGUCACCCAAGAUCACAGCUUCCUCUUGAAUAACCCAGAGAGCCGAAAGAGUAAAAUAAAAUCCAUCAAGGGCUGCAGAGGAUCUGGUCCUGCCAGAAGGCUAUUCCUAAACUCCGCCGGUGCACCUGCUGCUGAAGGCCUGCCUGUGCUCACCCCUGCUCCCCACACUCGUCUCACUGAAGAUGCCCAAGCUGAGCACCAGGAUCCACGGGGAGCUGAAAACGGAGCGGACAGACUGCAAGAGAAUGAACUCCACCGUGACAGUCUUCCGAGGAAGCACAGCAAACCCAAGGCUGGUUCUUCUCAUGUGCUUCAGCUCAGCAACUGGCCCGGCUCCCACUCCAGACCUGUCCUACCUCCAAUCCCACCCCGGAGGAAGAGCACCAACCCUUGACGGUCACUGCUAGCCAAGUCUUCGUCUCGGUCACACCCAAUCCUGCCUAAUGGGGAUACUGAUUUUGAUAGAUUUUGCUUUUUUCAAAAGAAAUUAUAUCAAAGAUUAUUUCUAAAUCCCUUUCUGAUUAAACCGCCGAAAAGUUAUUUAUUUAUAACUUUAUUAAAAAGUAAUUUCUGCAUUUCCCAACACUAAAAAUGAUUUCCCCAGGCAUUCUCAGCUGGGAAAUGGUGUAGAAUUUUUUUCCUCACAGCCACAAGUCCACAUCUUCUAUUAAUUUCUUUCUUUCCUCCCCCUCCUAUUUUAUAGAUUUAAUUGCUGUGGAAGCAUCGGGGCUUCUGAUAAUAUCCCUGAUAUUGUAGGACUAGUGAAUUCUUUUGAAGAGGGAUUUUGUGAAAUGUUCAGUGUUGUUGGGAGUGAAAACCAGUUGCAAGUCUAUUUUUAAUAAAAUGUGGUUUUUUUUGAAGAGUUGAGACAAUUUUUUCAUUUGCAUGUGUUUUUAAACAAACAAGCUAGUACGGAGUCACCAGAAAAAAAAAAUUACAAUUUCAGAGAACUGGCUGAAGCUGUAAGCACCAUGUGAAGAUUUGUUUGUUUUUUUCUAUAUGUGGAACAGAGCUCUGACAAGUAAAUAAAACUCUCAAGUCGA